CCCCCCAUGGAGCCCGAGGCCCCGGAUUCCCGCAAGCGGCCCCUCGAGACGCCCCCCGAGGUGGUCUGUACCAAGCGCAGCAACACGGGAGAGGAAGGCGAAUACUUCCUGAAGGUGCUCAUCCCCAGCUACGCGGCCGGCUCCAUCAUCGGCAAGGGCGGCCAGACGAUUGUGCAGCUGCAGAAGGAGACGGGAGCCACUAUCAAAUUGUCCAAGUCCAAAGAUUUCUACCCUGGAACCACAGAGCGGGUGUGCCUAGUACAGGGCACAGCAGAGGCCUUGAACGCUGUGCACAGCUUUAUUGCCGAGAAAGUCCGAGAAAUCCCUCAAGCAAUGACCAAGCCUGAGGUGGUCAACAUCCUUCAACCCCAAACCACGAUGAAUCCCGACAGAGCCAAGCAGGCCAAGCUGAUUGUCCCCAACAGCACAGCCGGGCUGAUCAUCGGCAAGGGCGGCGCCACGGUGAAGGCAGUGAUGGAGCAGUCCGGCGCGUGGGUGCAGCUGUCGCAGAAGCCGGAGGGCAUCAACCUGCAGGAGCGCGUGGUGACGGUCAGCGGCGAGCCCGAGCAGGUGCACAAGGCCGUGAGCGCCAUCGUGCAGAAGGUACAGGAAGACCCCCAGAGCAGCAGCUGCCUCAACAUCAGCUACGCCAACGUGGCGGGGCCCGUGGCCAACUCCAACCCCACCGGCUCGCCCUACGCCAGCCCCGCCGACGUGCUGCCCGCCGCGGCCGCCGCCGCCGGGGGCUUCCUGACGGCGGAGAAGCUGGCGGCCGAGAGCGCCAAGGAGCUGGUGGAGAUCGCCGUCCCCGAGAACCUAGUGGGCGCCAUCCUGGGCAAGGGGGGCAAGACGCUGGUGGAGUACCAGGAGCUGACGGGCGCCCGCAUCCAGAUCUCCAAGAAGGGCGAGUUCCUCCCCGGCACGCGGAACCGGAGGGUCACCAUCACGGGCAGCCCCGCGGCCACACAAGCCGCUCAAUACCUCAUCAGCCAGCGGGUCACCUACGAGCAGGGGGUGCGCGCCUCCAACCCCCAGAAAGUGGGAUGA